GUUCUCAGUAAACCAGCCUUUCCAAUUGUCACCAGCAUGUCAAUCAUCGUAGUCAUGGGGUUCUUCAUGUUUGUCUCCCUUUGUCUCCCAUGUUUGGCCAGUCCCGUGCAUGUAGCCACCUUGUCCACAGCUGAAACUGCCACAACAAGCGCCACCGACCACCAGACGCUCAUGUCAUUUAGGUCUCUGAUAAAAGGAGAUCCAUUCCAGGCUCUGAAUUCAUGGGGAAACCAGUCGAUCCCUAUGUGCCAAUGGCGCGGCGUAGCCUGCGGCAUGCGUGGCCACCGCCGUGGCCAUGUCGUAGCGCUGGAUCUCCGUGGGCUAAACCUUCUCGGCACCAUCACCUCUUCCAUAGGUAAUCUAACUUACCUCAGGCGGUUGGGCCUCCAAGAGAACCGCUUUCAUGGUACCAUACCAUCAGAGCUUGGACAUCUAUUACAACUCGAGUAUCUGAACCUCAGCAACAAUUCUAUCGGUGGGGAGAUCCCACCGGCACUGACCACUUGUGUGCAGCUUCAAUUUCUCGACCUGAUGCACAACAUGCAUAAAGGCUUAGUGCCCCGGGAGCUGGCAUCCCUCCACAAUCUUGAGGUACUCGCUCUUGGAUACAACAACCUUACAGGAAAUAUCCCUGUGGAGAUCGGAAACCUGAAAGGCCUGAUCCGUCUUCAUCUUGAAUCAAACAAGAUAGUAGGAGAAAUCCCAACGGAAAUUGCUAAUCUUCAAAACUUAACAGAUUUAAGUCUUGAUUCCAAUGGUUUGACAGGCCGUGUUCCCGCCUCGCUCGCAGGCCUCCAGAAAUUACAAAUCUUGUAUCUUUCCAACAACCAUCUUUCAGGGACGAUUCCACCUUCCCUAGGAAACCUCUCAUCACUACAAAUUCUAGAUGUCCAAAUAAAUGGAUUAACUGGUAACAUCCCUGAGUCAUUAGGAAAUCUGAAUCUCCUCAACGUCCUUUCUCUCACAUCUAAUAGCCUGACAGGCCCAAUCCCUUGCACUCUUGGAAAACUCAGUUCUCUGAUUGAGUUUUAUCUGAACGGGAAUCUACUGGAGGGUUCCAUUCCACCUUCAGUUUACAAUCUUUCAUCAGUCAAAUACUUUGCCGUGCAAUACAACAACCUUAGUGGGUCCAUUUCAGAUGACUUGGGUAAUAAGUUUCCAGAACUCAAGCAGCUUGCCGUAGAUAACAAUCAAUUUCAUGGGCCCAUCCCCGAGUCUUUGUGCAAUGCGUCAAUGGUUGAAUAUGUUCAAUUGGGCAGCAACUUUCUUUCAGGUGUGAUACCAAAAUGUCUUGGAGCCAAAAUGAAGAGCUUAUCUGUACUGGGUCUCUCAUACGGUCAGCUAGAAGCAAGGAAUGAUCCUGAUUGGGGCUUCAUUUCUAGCUUGACAAAUUGUAGUAUGUUGCAGUACCUAACUCUGGGCUAUAACAAACUAGAAGGAGUGCUGCCAAAUUCAAUAGCGAAUCUUUCCACAAAUUUAAUUUUUCUCAGCAUUAAAAGCAACAUGCUACGGGGAAAUAUACCUCAAGGACUUGGAAACUUAGUCAACUUAAAAUACUUGCGGCUGGAAAAUAAUCUCCUGCAUGGGAACAUUCCUGAAUCCAUUGGCAAUCUUGGGAUGCUGGGUGAACUAUUCUUGUCAUACAACAGUUUAUCUGGACCAAUUCCACCAACACUUGGAAAUCUCACAUCUUUAAAUAGACUCGUCCUUGGCAAAAAUUUGCUUACUGGCCCCAUACCAUCCAGCCUUAGAAGCUGUCCUUUGGAGACACUCAGCCUAGCAUUCAAUCAGCUUGUUGGUCCAAUACCAAAAGAGAUUUUCCUCAUAUCUACACUAUCUGUUCUCUUGCAGCUCCAAGGCAACAUGUUAACUGGGACAUUUCCUCCAGAAGUAAGUAAUCUAGUGAAUCUUGGAUCUCUUGAUGUGUCUGACAAUAGUUUAUCUGGCUCAAUUCCUGCCUCGCUAGCUCAGUGCCGAAGUUUGGAGUAUCUCAGUCUGAGUAGAAACCUGUUUCAAGGCACAAUUCCAGCAUCAAUAUCACAGCUGAAAGGCCUUCUAGUUCUUGAUGUUUCAAGAAACAACUUGUCCAAGAGCAUCCCAGUCUUCCUCGGGGACAUGCAGGGGCUUGUUACCCUCAACCUGUCAUUCAACAACUUUGAAGGUGAAGUCCCGGAACAUGGAUUAUUUCUGAAUGCAAGUGCAGCUCUCAUUGAAGGGAACUAUGGCUUAUGUGGAGGCAUCCCCCAAUUUUACUUGCCUCCCUGCUCAAGUCAUACAUCCAAGAAGUGGUAUCACAAGCUUGUCUUGUCCAUCUCAGUAGGCAGCGCAGUUUUGUGCGUUGUCUUAGUACUAUUUGCAGUAUUUGCACAACGGAAUUUGAGAAGCAAGUUUGCAAAGAUGAGAAGGGUUCCAUCACUCCAUGGUGGACAACACAUAAGGGUUACAUAUGCUGAAUUAGUGAAAGCAACAAGUGGGUUUGCUCCUGAGAACCUCUUAGGCACAGGAAGCUUCGGCUCGGUGUAUAGAGGAACAAUGAUGGAGGGUGAUCAGGAAGUGAUUGUUGCUGUGAAGGUGCUCAACCUCCAGCAGCGAGGGGCAUCUCAGAGCUUUGUUGCAGAAUGCGAGACCUUAAGAUGUGUUAGACAUCGAAACCUUGUGAAGAUAUUGACCAUGUGCUCAAGUAUUGAUUUCAGUGGCCUCGACUUCAAAGCUCUCGUGUUUGAGUUUAUGCCAAAUGGAAAUCUAGAUCAAUGGCUACACAGCCAUCUCCUGGAAGAUGGGAGCCAUGAGGUUCUUAGUCUUAUCCAAAGGAUAGAUAUUGCCAUUGAUGUAGCUUCGGCACUUGAAUAUCUUCACAACUAUAAGCCAGUGCCAAUAGUUCAUUGUGAUCUUAAGCCAAGCAAUAUUCUCCUCGAUAAUGACAAGGUUGCCCAUGUUGGUGACUUUGGACUUGCAAGGUUUUUGCAUCAGGAUGAUACUAGCGUCCCAGAGAUAUCAAGUGGUUGGGCUACAAGAAGGGGAACGAUUGGAUAUGCUGCCCCAGAGUACGGUCAAGGAAAUGAAGUCUCAGUCUAUGGUGAUACCUACAGCUACGGAAUACUCUUGUUAGAGUUGUUCACUGGUAAAAGGCCAACGGAUGAUGAGUUUCAGCAAGAUCUAAACCUACAUAGGUACGUCGACAGAGAUCUGAGAGACCAAGGCACCAACAGGGUGGACCUGAGUUCACUGGUACAAAGGAUAAAAAUAACUUCUGCAUCUGAGAGUGCAACAGAGAUGAGAACUGCGUGCAUCACUUCAGUUCUGAACAUAGGAAUAUUAUGUUCGAAGGAACUACCAACUGACCGCAUGCAUAUUGCUGAUGCUACAAGAGAGCUACUGGGGAUCAGAGACAAAUAUCGUACACACCUAUUGAGUGAAGGUGAAUCCAUCUAGAUGCCUGCUGACCUUCGCUUCAUUUGGAUUAGUAUUCAUCCGGUUCAUCAAACAGAAGGUGGUGCAAGCUUUGUUGUUGCAAUUUAAUAGCCAAUUACUAUGUUCAUGGUGUGUGAACAGUGGUACUCGUACACCACAAUAUAUCUUAGGGAUCAGGUGAAAAUUCUAGUUAGAACAUACUUAGAAUCACAUCAUGUUUAUUCCUCUGCUUCUAUCUUGAGGCAAAUUUGUGUAGUUAACAGAUAAAUAAGCACUCUUUUAUCA